AACGUGGUUGUGUGUGUUGUUUCAUUCAUUUGCACAAGCAAGCGUGUGAAUUUAUUUAAUGUUCCUCAUUUCUUAAAAUUAAUUCCAUGUAUGUAAUGUUUUCAAAUAAAAAAUGCCUCCGUUCAAAAGUGGUUUACUAAAAAGGAAAAGUUCUACACAAGAAACAAAAAUAUGCAGUCCAAAAAACGAGUCUGACGAAGAGGGUGGAUGGUCGGAAGAUGGCGAGCUGAUCAGCGGCGCGCUGGACGGUGGGGAGGACUCCUCGGACUCUGAACACGAUCCCGACGGUGACGCCGGCUCCGACCACGAACAAGAUGAAGUGCUGUUUGAUGAUGAUGUGGAUUCAACACUUGGUGAUGAAGAAGGCCCUGGGAGUGGAUCAGAUGAAUCAUCAGAUUUGACAGAUUCUGAAGAAGAUGGUGAGUCUGAUGAUGUUUCUGAUGAUGAAAAUGAUAUUGAAAAUGACAACAGUGGUGAUAAUGACGAUGAGGAUGUAGUAUCGAGUGAAGACAGUGGUGCAGAGUCUGGUGUGGGUCUCACGGCCUCCAGUGAUGAAGCAGACAAGACACAGAAGAUAAGUAAAAUUCAGAAGCAGAGCAAGGCUGCAAGAUUUGCAGGCAGUGAUAAGGAGCAGAAACAGAAGCAACCGAAAGCAACAGACACUGAUGGGAAGAAAGAGAAACAACAAAAGGCAGAGGGAGCACAUAAGAGCAGCAUUAACAUGCUGUCUGAGAAGAUAAAGGAAACUAGUGCUAAUAUAAAACCUGUAGAAGAGAAAGAUGAGUACGAGUCCGGGGACACGUCGGACGAGGAGGACCGACGCAACCCCGCGGGCGCCGUGCCCGCGUGGUGGUACCGCGAGUACGCGCACGUCGGCUACGACCUCGACGGCCGCCGCUUGAUGCGCCCGCCCGCCCGCGAUCUGAUCGACGAGUUUCUCAGGAAAUGCGAGGACCCGGAGUUCUGGCGCACGGUGCAGGACCCGACGACCGGGCAGGACGUGCGGCUGAGCGCGCAGGACCUGCAGCUCAUACACCGCAUCCGCACUGGACAGCUGCCCAACGCUGAACAUGACGAAUACGAGCCCUGGGUGGAAUGGUUCUCGCGCGAAGUCCUGGCCACUCCCGUGCGGGCGUUCCCGGAGCACAAGCGGUCGUUCCUGCCGUCCCGGUCCGAACAGAAGCAGAUCAGCAAGAUCGUCCAUGCGCUCAAGAUGGGCUGGACUAAGACCAGGAAGGAGAUCGCAAAGGAGCGACAGAAAAGAAAGGAGAAGCAGUUCUACAACCUGUGGGCCCCCGCGGACGCGGAGCGGCGGCCGCGCGACCACAAGCACAUCGCAGCGCCCAAGCGGCCGCCGCCCUCGCACGCCGAGAGCUACAACCCGCCGCCCGAGUAUCUGCUCGAUGCCAAGGAGAUGAAGGAGUGGGAGCGACAGGCGCAGACGCCGUGGAAGCGCAAGUACUCGUUCCUGCCCUCGCGGCACAGCAGCGUGCGCGCGGUGGCCGCGUGGCCGCGCUUCGUGCGCGAGCGCUUCCUGCGCUGCCUCGACCUCUACCUCGCGCCGCGCGCGAUCAAGAUGCGGCUGACGAUCAGGCCCGAGGAGCUGGUCCCGAAGCUGCCGUCGCCGCGCGAGCUGCAGCCGUUCCCGACGAGCGAGGGCCUCGUGCUGCGCGGACACGCGGCGCUGGUGCGCGCGGCCGACUUCGACCCCAGCGGCCAGUACGUCGUCUCCGGCGCUGACGACGGCACCGUCCGGGUGUGGGAGACGAGUACGGGCCGCUGUCUGCGCACGAUCCAGGUGUCUCCGGAGCCGGCGCCGGUGACCGCGGUGGCGUGGACGCCGGCGCGGGGACUGGCGCUGGUGGCGGCGGCGGCGGGCGCGCGGCUGCUGCUGCUCAGUCCCGGCGCCGGCGUCGGCGCGCACCGCGUGGCCGACAGGACGGACCAGCUGUUGAUGGAGCCCCCGCCUCACAACGUGACCAUGGACGAGCGCACUGCUUCGUGCGUGCAGUGGCAGGGGGCAGACGCGGACGAGUGGGCGCGCGGCCUGCGGCUGGCAGUCACGCACUUCCGGCCCGUCACACACGUGUCGUGGCACGCGCGCGGGGACUACGUGCUGACGACGCUGAGCGCGGGCGCGUCGCGCUCGGUGGUGGUGCACCAGCUGUCGCGUCGCGCCUCGCAGCUUCCCUUCAGCCGCGCGCGCGGGCUCGUGCAGUGCGCCGUCUUCCACCCCACCAAGCCGCUCAUAUUCGUCGCCACUCAGCGCGUGGUGCGCGUGUACGACCUGGUGAAGCAGGAGCUGGUCCGCAAGCUGCAGCCCGGCGCUCAGUGGAUCUCCGCGCUGGCCGUGCAUCCCACCGGCGACCACCUGCUGGUGGCCUCCUACGACCGCAAGUGUCUCUGGUUUGACCUGGAGCUGUCGGCGCGCCCGUACCAAACGCUGCGGUUACACGGACGCGCGGUGCGGAGUAUUUCAUUCCACCCGCGAUACCCACUGUUCGCGAGCGCGGGCGAUGACCCCUACAUCGUCGUCAGUCACGGACGGGUUUACAGCGAUUUGCUGCAGAACCCGCUGCUGGUCCCGCUGAAGCAGCUGCCUGCGCGCGGCCGGCAGGACCUGCACGUGCUGGACCUGCGCUGGCACCCUACGCAGCCGUGGCUGCUGGCCGCCAACGCCGACCACACGCUGGCGCUCUACACCUAGACCGCACUUUUAUUUGUUGAGUACGUAUGUGAUUCAAACAAUGCGUACCUAUUUACUUUUUAUGCGCUGGAAAUCUUCCAUCUUAUUUAAUAAUAAACUUAACCUGUAAUAUUUUUCUUGAAUUGUAAAUAAAGUGUUUUAGGAGAACUAUAAAUGUUAUUCAACAAUAAUAACUACAACUCUAAAAUUUUCCUGAUGUCGUGGUACGUGGUGGUCGUGGAUCAUCGUGGAACAAAAAAAAUAUCAUUAAAACGAAGCGUGGAUGUCUUACGAGGCGACUAAGGGACACACAGACAGUUGAUAGGUAACAAUAGCUUUCCCAAGGAGGGUUGACGUCAGGCAGGCGGCCGGUUGUAAAAUUGCAGCCGAAUCUUCAAGAUUUCAAGCUUCAACUCCAAAACGCAACCGGGAACAUCGGAGAUGAGUGAGAGAGAGAAAACAAAGUGAUUGCAAUAAUACUGGUUUAUUGUGUACGACGUUACAAGAAGUACAUACAGCACAUUCGAGAUUACAUAUCACAAGUCGGAACCCGACAUACAAACAGACAGACAAGCCGCGCCAACACGCCGGCCCGCUAGCACCAUGCGACGGCUCGGACUAACAUACAGACAAAUCUGUGCGGCGCCGGGCAAAUCAUUACACAUUUUUAUAUACUGACGUUUAAAGAUUAAUGUUGUAGGCAGAAAUCAACAUCAUAUAACUGUCGAAACCUGUCACUAGUGACAUGAAAAUAGUGUAAACAAACGAUAGUAUUACAAUAAAAUUUUGCUUCUAGUAUCGUAAUGAAAAAUAGGUAUAAUUUUAAACACAUUUACAAUACAUUUAAUUUGUUCACCUUUGAUCACACAGGCACACAUUGUUUUCAAAUACUAUGAUUUAAUUCGUAAAAUAUUACAUGCUCUGACAAUCGUUAAAAUUAUAUAAUAUGAUUAAUAUACGGAGUGCUUCGUGUCAUUGUUCUAUUUACAAUAAUAAAUCAAACAUAAUUUAUAAAAUACUUAUUUUGCAAACAUUUAUGUAUUGGUAUAUUAUAGGAAAUGCCUCCUACCCUACACUGGCACCGGCUACAAUCCCAAAAAUGGGGCGGCCGGCACCAGUAUAUGACGAAGUGGAUUGAGUUUGACGGUGUAUCUACUGCUUCGCGCCACAGAGCGCAAUUGUACUAUAAUACUAUUAGUCUGGCCACCGAUAGAAUGCGAAUUCGACAGAUCGUGAUUGUGAUCUUGGAUCCCGGCCCCGGCUGCGUCGUUCUCCGUUGCAGUGACGUCCGUCAACGGGUCAACACAGAAUAGACUAGUUGACAAAUUUUUGUUUUGAUGACUAUUCGAAGGCCUUAUAUUAUUAGAAACACCAGUGAAAAAAUUACUGUGAUAAUGACUCGUCCAAACGCUCCAUACUAUAAAUGACACGAACAAGUGACGUCACAACGUGCUAAAAUGUUCGCGAAGAAAGAUAUGUUUGUUCGACGUCUACAUUUAAUAUUACGUUUAUGGUGAUGACGUCUUAAUAAAAGUUGUUACAAAAUUUUAAUUUUUUGUGAUGGUUAAAUUUAUUUUUAUAAUUUAAUACGAAUAUGCACUUUCCAACCAACUUUAAACCUUCGUAUUUAGAUCCAGCUACAUUGUUACUGUCUAUUAUCAUGAUCCUAAAUAUAUCUGUUUUACCUAGA